AUGUCGGCACCUCGUCGCAGUGCGUUGGCCGUCCGACGUGAGAAGGCCGCGGCUGCUGCGGCUGCAGCAGCAGCGCCAACGGUGGCAGCUACGGCGACUCCCAGUAUGCCAGCGUCGUCGUCCACGACACCGUGGCCAGACGCAGCGCCGUCCUCUCGUCCCAAACCCAAACGUGCACGAGCAUCCAAGUCACGCAAUAGUCCAGCUCCUCCGCCUUCGGCCGCUCCUGCCACUACGCUCCCGCCGCCUAUGCCGCCAGCGCAGCCCGAGGUGCCUACCGAGAGGCAACUACGGUAUCUGCAUGUCCAGCACGAUGCAGCGCAAUUCCAAUGGAAUGAUACCUCGCUCACAUGUACGCUGCAGUCUCACGAAGGAGUGGUCCUUCGGGGCGUAUGUACCCUGCACGUCGUACGUGGCUCUGUACGUGCUGCUGGUGCGGUGCUCACGUCGGCCUCCUUGCCGAUGCCAGUGUGGGCGCCUGACGUCGCGCCGGCCGUGGACGUCGUCGCGUUGGCCGACGAUACAUGCCUUCGCAUCGAGAAUGCUGCGCCUGGCAUUGAGCAGAUCGGCCGCGUGUGCCCUCUGGCCGGCGCUGACCCAUUUGCGCAGCUGCAUGCCUUGCCCCGCCUUACAUUUCACCUGGUCUCGGACCUGACCGAGCCGGCGCUGCGUACGCCUAUGGAAUGGCGCGAUACCAUGACGCAGCUCUGCGAGGCCGCAUCGCCUAUCGUGCUGCUUCGUGGCACCAAGAACACGGGCAAAUCUACAUUUGCACGCCUCUUGCUUCAUACCCUAGCGACGGCCUCCUCGCAGGUGCCUCGCUUUGUCGCAUGGCUCGACAUGGAUAUCGGCCAGCCGGAGUUUGGGCCGCCAGGGAUGCUGUCGCUGCAUGUAUGGGAUACGCAGCGCGAGGCAUGUGUCGCUGCGCCUGCGUGGUGCUCAGCGCGUGUGCCUGUGCGUGCUCACUACCUGGGCGACGUAUCGCCGCGAGACGAUCCUGCGCACUACGUGGCGGCCGUGGCCGAUCUUGUGGAGUUCUUCCGUACCGAGUUGCAGUAUACGACGCAUGCGUCGCAGGUGCAAACGCAUCUGGGCGUCCCGCCCACGCUGUGCGACCCUACGCCUACUGCACGUUCGCGGCAGGAGCAACGUAUGCCGCUGCUGAUCAAUACACAUGGCUGGCUCAAAGGGCUCGGUCUCGACUUGGUCCAGCAAGUGACCGCGCUGGUCCAGCCGAGCCAUAUCGUUGACCUAGGCGACGUGCCGCUCCAUGGUGCGUACGCUACGCUGCCUGCGUACGCUGAUACGGCGGAGGGACGUGCAGCAGGGCCGUCGCGACGACGCAUCAAUGCCGCCGAGGCACGCACGCUUAGCCUGCUGUCGUACUUGCACAUGACGCAGCUGCCGCGCCCGGGGAUCGCCAUGUCUGUCGCUGCGUGGGACUUUACGCCGCUCGUAGCUUCGCCUCCGUGGAUCGUGGAUGUGCAUGAAGGCUUGGCUGCAGGGAUUGGGUGCUUGGAGCGCCGUGCUUCGGUGGAUCCGCCGCUGCGUUUGCUGGCGCUGAACGGCGCGAUGGUAGCCAUUGUGCAAGCGCCUGCCAUGCCGAUGGAGGAGUCCACGACUGCAGCGACGCCAUCGGAUGUGUGGCCGACAGCAUGGCAGCGCGGCGCGGCGUUGGUCGCCCCGUCGUCGUUGGCGCCUGCGUAUGGCUUAGCGCUCGUGCGUUCGUUGGAUCGCGAGAAGGGGCACGUCCACCUCCUUACGCCGCUCUCGGGGACGUACCUGGCGGACCGUAUGCAAGUGCAUGGCAUGCCACUUGGUCUCGUGCAAGGCGCGAUGGAGCUGCCGUUCUGGGGCGCGUUGGAUGCCGAUGCGUAUGCCGAUGUCAUGCAGUACCGUCGUGACGCGCCAGCUGCGCGGUUAGCAGGCGUGCUUCGGCAGCAUGUCCCGUACCUGCAGUGGCCCGCGGACCUUGUGCCUGGCGACGCGGUGUCAUUACACACGGAGCCUCUCGGUGCUCGGCCACGCAAGGUGCGACGCAACCUGAUGCGGCGGCGGUACAAUGCAGGCGGCGGCGGCGGCGCCUAA